AUGGCGUCUGAUUUAUUAAAGAUAAUUAAGGAUCUAUUUAUUUUCUACAGGGUUUCAUUUGAUGCAUUUAUUGUCCAACUGGGUUCAGCUACAGAUCCAUUUCAAGGACAACCAAAUCCCUGGAUUUCAGAUACUGUUGAUUUUUGGCAACAUGACAAAAUAACUGGCGAUAUUUCAACUAGAAGAUUAAAAUUAUGGGAAGAAUCCUUUGAAGAAUUGUUAAUUGAUCCGGUUGGAAGAGAAACACUACAAAAAUUUCUUGAUAAAGAAUAUUCUGGAGAAAAUUUGCGUUUUUGGAUGGAGGUCCAAAAACUCCGUAAAUGUAGUUGCCGAAUGGUGCCCGUCCUAGUCACAGAAAUCUACAAUGAAUUUAUCGACUCCAACGCUCAAUCUCCAGUCAAUAUUGAUUGUAAAGUAAUGGAAAUAAUUGACGAGAAUCUCAAAAAUAAUCCGAAUCGAUGGUCAUUUGAUGAGGCUGCUGAUCACAUUUUUUGUUUAAUGAAGAAUGAUAGCUACCAGAGAUUUCUUCGUUCAGACUUGUAA